CUUGAAUCAUGUAGUAGCAGAUUUGUAAUUUGAUUUUGAAUUAAUUACUGAAGUAUCAAAUAUUGUAAUUAUUUGAGCUUAAAUAAAUUAUUAAAAAAUGUUGGUGAAAAAUAAAUACAUAAAGAAGAUUGUGAAUAUAUAUGGACUAGAUAUCAUAUUUAAAGAUUCCUAAAUAAACAUACUAUUUUUAAAGAUGAAGAAGUGAUCGAAUUUAAAUAAUUAUAAGAAUUACCAUAAAAGAAGAAAUAAGUUAGAUUUGAAGAAGAAUAAGCAAAAAUAUAAUAAGUCAAUUAAUUUAAUAUCUUAAAAGAUAGAGUAAGAACUGGAGGUAUUGAUAAAGAAAAAAGAGAUAAAGAAAGAGCUGAAAUGGAAUUAAAAUUAUUUGAAAAUAUUGAUAAGAUUAAAGAAAUAAGUGAUAUUGAUUCAUUUAAGCCACUUAAGUAUUAGAGUAUAAUAUAAAAGAUACAUUGUAUAAUUUGAUGAUAAAGGUAAUAUUAUGCUUGAUAACACUGAAUUAAAAGAUGAAGAUGUUGAAAAACUUUAAGGCAAAUAAUAAUAAAAUAUUUCCUUUGAAGAAUUUGCAGAAGAUGAUAUUGCCAUUAAAUAAGUUGAUUUAAAGAAGUUUAAUAAUAAAAAUUCAAAUAGUGAUUCAAGUGAAGAUCAAUCUAGUGAUUCAGAAGAUUCUGAAGAUGAUUAUUUAAUGCAACAAAGAAAUCUUAUUAAGAGAGCUUGA